AUGUUCGUCCUGUGCACAUUGGAGGACAAAGUGCGACUAGCACCCAAGGAUCUCCGCCUGGACACAGCAGAUGCGGUCACUGCCGUCCUCGAGAAGACGUACCUCGACCGCGUCAUCCCAGACCUGGGCCUGGUGGUGACGCUGUACGACCUACUGGACAUUGGCGAUGGCUACGUGUUCCAGUCAGAUGGGGGAGUGCACCACGAUACCACCUUCCGUGUCGUCGCCUUCCGCCCGUCCCAAGAAGAAGUGCUGGUGGGAGAGGUGAUCUCCCAGGACGAGAGGACUGGGGUCCAUGUCGGGCUCGGCUUUUUUGAAGACAUUAUCAUUCCGCCGUACGGGAUGCCUGAACCGCACAGCUGGGAUCCUGAGGAGAAGGCAUGGUCAUGGGACCUAGAAGGGGAGGAGGGCGCCUCUCAGCUCUACUUUGAGACCGGCCUGCCAGUCAGGCUCCAGGUCACGGGCCUGACCUACACACCUCCGCCCACGCCCGUCGACCAGAGCGCCGCGCAGUCGAGGGGUGACCCGAUCCCUGGCUCUGCAGACUGCCCGCACGCCCCUCUGGUGGUCACCGCCAAGGCCGAUGGCGAUGGACUGGGCAUGGUGCACUGGUAUGACGAAGGCGCCAUGGAGGAGGGCAGCUAG